GCGCUACUAAUGAGACCUCAUUCACAAGUCGCUAGUACUCGAUGACAAGACAAUAUUAGAUCGUGGCAAUGAUAUACGCUCUCAUGCAUCAUCCGAAUAUAGUGAAUAAUCAACUGAAAUACGAACAACUGUGGCAUAGUGACAAUUGGUGCGAUAGUCACUCUCCGCGAUUUGAACAUCAACAAAGAUAACACGAGUGUUUCAGAUCAAGUGCAUUGAUUAAAAGUUUCACGAGACCGCGAUUGAUCAAUUGCAUCGUGCGCUUCGAGGGAUAAGCAAGUCUGAAGAACAAGAGUUAAGGAGAAAUUUACGUGAAUAUUUGAAAAAUAACGACGAGAAUGGCAACCGUACAAACUGCACCCGAGAUGAAUCUGUCGGCGUCUCUACCCGUGAAUAACGAUCAAACUGAGAUAGACCUGGUGGCGCUGACUAUGGCGGCGUUACGGUUUGUGAACCCAUGGUCCGUGGAAAGCGACCAGAAGAAAUGGUCGAGUGAGAUAAUCCCAGGUGCACCCGAAGCGAAAGACCGCAUCAUUACCCUUGCGGAAGUGAGUCACCACGACACGCCCGAUGACUGCUGGGUAGUAAUUUACGACCGCGUCUACGAUAUCACUAGUUUCUUUGAUGAGCACCCAGGGGGAGCUGACAUUAUGAUGGAGUAUGCUGGUAGCGACGCGAGCACUGCAUUCAGGAGUUCGGGACACUCUCGCAUGGCCACCAAAGCCCUGGACCGUUUCCUUGUCGGUGAACUGCCUCUCCACGAGCGCAUGUACCGGCGGCCAGGAGGCAUCAAACUAAGUGACAUUCCAGAGUGAACAUAGUCUUUUAAUUUAAGUAAUAGAUUAAAAUAGGCGCAGUCAGCAGAUAUCGAAUAGGUUAUUCUUAAUUGUAAAUGAUUUCAAAGUUAUAAGUAUAGUUACUGUUACAUUAAGGACCCGUUAUACAACUUCUGGGUAAAUGCCACACAUAAACGAUAAAACGACCACCUACAAAAGUCACACUCAAAUCUAUGUUCCUAAUUAUAUGCUAAUGAAAUCAGGACUAAUUACAUUAGCUGUUUAAUACUGUCAAAUCACAUUUACUUGAAAUUUGUGAAACAGGCCCUUAACGUUAUUUAGUUUCCUUGGCAACUCUAUAAUACAUUGUUUACCUACACGAGUUACUAGAUCUGUACUUUGGAGUAGUUAAGAACCACUAACCUUAGUGUUGAUGUCAGCAGUUUGAUAAGAAAUGUCUUAUUGUACUUAACGGGUGUGAACUGGAUACGCAAUGUUUUUCUCUACGGGUGAAUGUGUUUAAUAUUGCCUACUGUUAUUAUUAGUAAUUAUAAGUCUAAUUUGCAUUUAUUGUGUAGUUUAGCUUUUAGAUUUAUAAACAACUUAGAUUAUGAAACAGUAUUAAAAGUUGAUUGUUAACUGUUUUACAAUUGCUGUCAAUUUUGCGCGUGAGUGUCACGCGAAAAGUUCCUAUCUUUAUUUAAUAAAAUAUAUUUUUUGCCUUCUAAUUA